AUGUCAUCUCAGCAGAACAAACCCCCAGGGGGUUUGCCAAAUCCAUAUGCAAGCGGAGGCCUUCCUAAUCCAUAUGCGCUGCCCGAUCCCGCGGCCGCUCCUGCCAAGCUCACCGAGGAGCAGGUAAAGGCGGAAGAAAAGAAGAGAACUGCGAACAUGUUCCACAAUCCCCACAUGAUCAAGCGUCCGCAGGCGAAAGCCGCCAACGUUAUCAAAAAGCCAAUUGCACCGAAGCCCGCCCUGCCGGCUAUGCCAACCACUACUUCAGUUGACCAUACACCUCGUCCCGUGCAGCAUAGCAUUGACUACUAUCGUAAUACUGUGGAUGAUGACAAUGAUAUUCUUGAGGCGAAGCGCGAGGCGGAGCGUGAGAAGAAGCAGGCCAUGAAAGACCAGAAGAAGUUCAAGCAGAAGUUCGGAAACUGGAACCCCAAUGAUCAGUACAGACUGAAGCAGACGACGAACAUCGCGGCGUACAAAGCCAGUGGAGAGUACAACAUAAAGCUCAACAUGUUCCGCGACUACUUGCGACAAGCUCGCCGGGACUUUGAGAGCACGGCUGGCGCGGACAAGAAGUCAACGAGUCCACAAAAGCCUCAGUUAAGCCCCGAUCUACCCAUAUCUGAUGACCACGUUGCACAAUUACCCCAAAGCCCACGAAAUUCAUCUCCGCAUGUAAACCUCUCUGAAGCAGAGACUGGUAACGAAGCAUAUGAGCGACGACUUGGUCUGAGCCAGUCACAGUCGUUGACUGUCAAUUCCGUAGAAUCGGGUGAAGGACACCCUAAAGGAAUGGAGGCUUCUAAUCUUCGAGCAGAUACUUCUGAAGGACCGGGUAGCCUAUCGGCACCGUCUAAGAUCACCAAUUCACAGCCGGAUGAUGCAAUCCAGCGACAAGUCCGUCUUGCACAGCAACGAGCACAACAACUGGCAGCGGCCAUACCACCUCCACCGCCGCCCUCACGAGCAGCGCCCGAGACACAAGAAGCAAUCCCACCGCCGCCUCCGCCUCCGCCUCCCCCUGCGCCUUAUAGUGCCACGAUUUCUGGUGCUCCUGUUCACUAUAGCUCUACCAUCUCUGCCGCACCUGUUCAUUAUGCGCGCCCUGAUGUAGUAAUGAAGGAUGCUGAGGAGACGACGAACACCCGCCCCGCUAAGAAGCAAAAGACGGAAUCAAAACCAACCAAGGCUGAGCUCAUGAUGUCGAAGAUGGGUUACAAAAAAGGACAGGGUCUCGGCAAGAAUAAUGACGGUAUCACCACUCACCUUGAGGUUAGGCGCCGAAAGGAGCCGAAUGGUGGGCGUCAACAGAACAAUGACGACUUUGAUUUCGAUAACGAUAGCGGAGGUGUGAAGGCUCCCAAACCACAAGAAGUCUUUGACAUUACCGGAGGCCGCCAAGUUCGACCCAAAGAGCAGAGCAAAUGGGGCGAACCCUCACGUGUGGUUAUUGCUUGGGGCUGCGUCGAUGGCAUAGACUUCUCGGAGGAUGCUGAUAGAGAAGACGGCGGAAUUCGACAGGAGAUGGGAGACACGUUCGAUCAAAAGUUUGGUUCCGUGGAGCGCAUCCACAUCAACAUGAGCAGCGAUUCGAAACCGGUCUACAUAGCCUUCAGGGACGCUCUCUCUGCACUCAACGCCGUUAAUCGUUUCUCGGGAGGCUAUCUGUUUCGGGACAGGCCCAUUCGAGCCCAGUUCUACGACGAGAAAAGGUUCAACGACUUCGACUACGAGCACUAGCUUUGGAUUUCGGUCUGGGUGUCUUUACUGGUGUACGGGGAAUUGUGAAUCAUUUGCACAAUGUUCUGACACGUGAAGCUUCCGUAAUAACUCAAGGUCGUUUGUAGGUGGCGACAUCUGUCACGCACUGCAAGGAUGUUCGGUCUUUCUUGAGUCUUGAGUCUUCGGUCUUGAGUCUUGACAUACAGCCUUGCAUACAUGUUUGAGCUAUCCUGUAUUUGUAGAAAAGUCCUUAAAGAAAAGGCUCGUUUAGCCCAAAACCACGACGAUGCAGCUGCCCUGCACGUCUGAGUACAGGCACCCUACGCGCAAG